GCUAAACAGUAUGCCAAAAUUGUAUUGCAGCAAAAAAUUUCCAAUAGUGGUAUUCUAUUUCAACAUUUUAGUAGUAUUAGUAUGCAAACUGUAAAGAGUCUCUCUCAUUAAGACCUAAUGUGAAUCAGUUGUCAAGUGUGUGUCUCGCGAUUAACAGUUAACUGGGUCACAAUCCGAUAUACGUACAGCUCAUAAAUGUAAUGUAAUGCUUUGUAAAAAUUGUUUUGCAAGGUCAGACUACUGAGACUGAACAUUGGUGCGACUCUACAGGAAGUGAAUGCAAAGCAGUGCUGGACAAGCUGCAGAGCUGGUUAUAUACCUGCGAUUAGGAAUGAAAUUCCUGUUUUUGAUCGCUGCGCUGACAGUCGCUUUAAAACUGAAAAAUGUUAACGCUCAGACGUUUACAGCCGUGAAAGUAAACAGGACCCCUUCGGAAGUCGUCAACUGGAGUUCAAAUGCUGUUUUGUCGACUACGUAUGUACUGAAAAACAAAGAAGAUGAGUGUGAUAAGGUGAUGAACCUGAGUACUGCCCAACGCUGUGACUUUGUUCAGAGUACCCCGGACUGCAGUGCCGAGGGUGGCUUCAUUAACUACCUCUGGAUAACUUUUUGUCUGUUGCCCUCCAAGCUCUUGCCCCUCACCAUAUUUUUGUAUGUUGUCUGGCUAUUAGUUUUGUUCCUGGUUCUUGGACAGAUUGCAUCAGAAUUUUUUUGUCCAAACCUCUCAGCUAUUUCUGUCACUCUCAAGCUCAGUCAUAACGUGGCUGGAGUGACAUUCUUAGCACUUGGUAAUGGGGCUCCAGAUGUGUUCAGCGCCAUGGCUGCUUUCUCUCGUCCACAAACAGCCGGUUUGGCUAUCGGUGCCCUGUUUGGGGCAGGCAUUUUCGUGACCACAGUUGUUGCUGGAAGUGUAGCCCUGGUGAAACCCUUCAAGGUAGCCUCUCGCCCUUUUCUACGUGAUGUCAUUUUCUACAUGGCUGCUGUCUUCUGGACUUUCAGCAUUCUUUAUAAAGGACAUAUAGAGCUGAAAGAAGCCCUUGGAUAUCUGGGGCUGUACAUACUGUAUGUUAUAGUUGUGGUUGUUAGCACAUAUGUUUAUAAGCGUCAGACACGCCCAGUCAGCGAACUGCCACAGAGCUCCGAUUUGAAUCAUGAGGAAUAUGAGCCUUUGGUCUCCUUCACUGCGUCUACCAGUAGCAUCUUUUUGAAAGCCAUUAACCCUAUAAAUGCAAGAAGCUGGAGGAGGAGCCACUGGGUGUGGAAAAUUCUCAAGAUUAUCCAGCUGCCGUUUGAGGUAGUGUUGCUACUGACAGUUCCAGUUGUAAAUACUGAAAGGAACAAUCAUAACUGGAACCGACCUCUCAACUGCCUGCACCUCAUCACUGGUCCACUGGUGUGUGUGCUUACCUUCAACUCAGGAACCUAUGGCCUCUACCUCAUUGAAGGAGAAUUUCCUGUGUGGAUGCUUACAGCUUUAAUCGGAGCGUUUAUGUCAGGCAUAGUCUACUGUUCUACAACUAAUGAGCAUCCUCCACCAUAUCACUUUCUGUUCUCUCUACUGGGAUUCAUAGUGAGUGCUUUGUGGAUCAGCACAGUGGCCUCUGAGGUUGUCUGUGUGCUGCACUUGAUGGGUGUUGUUCUCCGUCUCAGUAACACUGUACUGGGACUCACGCUUCUUGCAUGGGGAAAUAGCAUUGGAGAUUGCUUUGCUGACAUCACUAUAGCACGACAGGGCUACCCUCAAAUGGCUAUUUCAGCCUGCUUUGGUGGAAUCAUUUUCAAUAUGCUGUUUGGAGUUGGUCUUGGCUGCCUUCUGCAUAUGUUUCCAAAUAAUUAUGUAGAGCUGGAGCCAGAAGGCUUGUUGUGUUGGGUCCUGGCAGCAGCAUUGGGUUUCUCCCUGGUGCUCUCAUUUGUGCUUGUUCCCCUUCAGUGUUUUCACUUAAGCCAAAUAUAUGGCAUCUUCCUCCUUUUCUUUUAUGCUGUCUUUCUCAUAGUUGCUGUACUUACAGAAUUUAAAAUAAUCCAUUUCUAAGCCUAGCAUAAACAAUAACUAGUAGAGUCAGUUGUCUAUUUUUUUCUAAACACUUAAGAUAUGUACUGUAUGAUAUUAGAUUGACCAGACGUCUUUUCGUACGUCAUGGUUUUUGAGUCAGAUUUUUAUUUAUUUUUUUAAAAUAAACAC